AUGUGUCUGGCACCUCUUGCAGUACAUGCCCAUCAUAAAGGUGUGUUUCCGGGAUGCUAUCUGCCUCAAGAACAUUAUCUGAUGCGUGCUCUGUUCGUCUUCUUCCUGGUCUUCAUUCUAGCGGCGCCGUCGUCGUCAUUCUUCUUUCGCCUUCCCUUUCGCCGUCGCCAUCGUCGAGGUGUCGUCAUUAUAAGUCACCCGUACCCGGGGUACCCGUACCCAGGGUACCCGUACCGCCGCCGGCGCCGCAUCUGGGGAAGAGAUGUGGUUGACGACGACCAGGACGAGGCCGUGAAGCAAUACGAAAACAGAAACUUCAUUGCGGAACGAAACGCCGAUUUUCCUGACGCAGAUGAAUAAGGCGGAGAACACACACAGAAGUCUGUAUUCAACAGCCAUUGUUUCCGCCACAGUGAAAUAAAAUACAUAACACAGA